AUGAAGAACGCAACAUCGCUAUUCUCCCAUUUGCCGGAGGUCCAGGAUGCUACCAAUAAUGACACCAUGAACGAGGCCGUGAGUCCAACGCUCCUCAUGUCACGCGAUGCCCGGAAUCAGGCCGAGGAUAACGCGGGUAACGCACAGCUUGACGGGGGUAGCAGCGCGCCCGAUAACGUGGCUGUGCUGGGUACAGACGUUUCAAGGUCGCGACUUUCCCGGCAACAGCGAAAUGCUCUGCAAACGUGGAUACAAAGUCACGUGGACUGGCCAUACCCAAGGAGUGGGGAAAGAAAGCAGCUAGCAACCGACAAUGGUCUUCUAGAGUCGCAAGUUACAACAUUCUUCGCAAACUACCGACGACGACGGAUGAGAAAGACUGGCAGCAAUGAAGCUAAUGUUCUGACAGGCUCGUCGGUGGCGUCACCAUCCAGUCCUCAGGUUCUUGAUGGACACGAAGUGUCAAGUUCGACUCUUGAGUCUCUAUUCCCAGACGCCGAGGACGGCAGCCGGUUGAAAUUGCUCGACUUCGAUGGGGACCGGCUGCAAUGGUAUCUUGCCUGCUUACCUGACCACAGCGAGCAACCGUUGCCAAGAGUCUAUCCGAUUCCUAUGACAUCCGUCAUCGACGCAAAUCCGAAAGUCGACAAUAUAAUGCCAAUGGAGGGGUUACUUUUAGAGUCCCAAUUGGAAUCAUCAACUAGCGCUGAACCCUCAGCGGCCGGCAGCGCAUACUCUCGAUCUGCCAGCGUCAAUUCUCGACCUGGAAGCGUGUACUCUGCCCGAAGUUCCAUAUCCAAUGUCUCUCGGCGUGGUCGUCGAGCGUACGGGGUCGGGCCCAGACCCCCAAGCGCAUCCCCUGAUGGGAAGCAGAAACGUCACAGAUGUCUCCACUGCGCAAAGCGCUUUGCACGACCUUUCACGUUGAAGCGACAUAUGAAGACUGUUCAUCUGACGACUAACACGGUCUGGAUCUGUCAGGCACUACGCAACAUCUUCGACAAUACUCCUUGUUGUCCGACGUGCUACCGGUCUCCAGAACAGUGCACCCAUAAAGUACUCCAAUGCUGGAAGCGACCCGAGGCAGAGCGUACGUUCUUGCGAAAGGACGAGAUGAAACAACAUCUAGAUCUGAUGCACGACUUCACCCGGGAUCACGCGCAGAGAUGGCAAACCAACAAUGAUAUUCUCGGACAGCUGAAGCAGGAAACAGCUGCUGUUCCGUACACAGGAUCCAGUGACGACAGCCAAAGCGAAGAUAGCCACUAUGGCGACCCUUCCCUCGCCGAACAAGCCAUAAGAGACACCGGAGAUCACGUAAGGCUUGCGGGAACUCACUCGAUGGACAUGGACAUGGACACGCACGUGGUCCUAGAACACAACGAUGACGACGGCAAAAGCGGCGUCGCGUCUUCGCUCAUCACCUAUCACACGUGGUCCGCCAAUACCAAGGACGUUGUCGCCGCGCGAAUCGCGCCCCUGCAGACCCGCGCCGAGACCAGCGAGCGCAUCGCCGAGCUCGGCACUUUCGUGAAAGAGCACAGCGGCGCGCCACCGUCUCCUCCUCCUUAUCCUGGCCUUCCCCAACGCUUUACAGCGAAAGGGCGCGUCAUGUACCGUAGCGUGGACAGCGCACGCGAGGAACUGGAGUUUUGGAGACGUGUGCUCUCCAUCAAUCGCGUGGUUGCCGCUUUCGAAUACGCUGAUGCUCCCUGGUCCGCAGAUGCGCCCUGGCUGGCACUGUAG